UGUAGUGCACGUGCUCCCGGCUAUCAGGCACUGUCAUUGGUGCCCCAUUGAGUGCUUUGCUCCGACGUAAAAAAAAAAAAAAAAUACUGUGACUCGGCUUCAAAGUUUGUUUAUGUCGGACCUUAUGGUGACGUUCAUUGAGAACGCAUCGCGCGUGGAACGAUGGUAUCGUGGAUGUUAGCUGUCAUUGUAGCAUGUAACAUACAGCUAGUUCACAAAACGAAAAGUUCGCAGCUUAAUUAUCAGGAUAACAUGUUUGCUAUUUUUUCAUCAUCAAACUUACUGAACAUUGCACUACAGACUGAACGAAAUGGACUGAGCACUAACUGCAUUUUAUCCCCCUAUUCUCAAGUCACAAAGCAGCUUUUGGUUGACUCAUCAUUUUCAUGCCAAACUCAACAAUAUGCAUUCAGGUCAAGUACAAGUAGUGAAUCAUGGCAAAAAACGAAAAUAAAUCCUGUUUUGCGAUACAUCCGAACAUUGCGUUGGACUCCCAUCCCAUUGGGGCUUGGAUUUGCCCUUAUAGCAUAUCAACAAUUUAGACAUGUAAAAAAGAGAGAAACUGCUAAAAUCGCUUCAGCUAGUGAUCCAUCGGAAUUACUUGCUCCUAAUUUGUAUGUUUCUUUGUACACCAUGUUACCUCUCCGAGCUACUUCAAGAUUCUGGGGCUGGGUUCAUAACAUUGAUUUGCCUCGUCCAAUUCGUAAACCUCUCCUGAAUUUUUUCGUUUCUACAUAUGGUUGCAAUCUCAAAGAAGCUGUUGUUGAAGAUAUAACAGAGUAUAAGAAUCUUGGAGAGUUUUUUCGCAGGCAGUUGAAAAAAGAAGUCCGACCAAUUCAUCCCUGUGAUUGUGUAGUUAGUCCAUCAGAUGGUCAAAUACUGCAUUUUGGUACUGUUGAAAAUGGCCUUGUUGAGCAAGUGAAAGGUGUAACUUAUUCUUUGAAAUCUUUUCUUGGAUUAUCAAAUGGUGAAAAUGAAGUUGAGGCGACUGAUGAAGGGUGUCAAAGGAAGUUGCUGCAACACGAGGGAAAUGUUUUGUACCAUUGUGUCAUAUAUUUAGCUCCUGGAGAUUAUCACAAAUUCCAUUCUCCUGCUAGGUGGACAGUAAAACAUCGAAGACAUAUUCAUGGUGAGCUAAUGAGUGUUCGUCCUGGUUUUGUAAACUGGAUUGGAGGACUUUUUAGUUUGAAUGAACGUGUGGUAUACACUGGAGAUUGGAGGCAUGGUUUCUUUUCCUUAACGGCUGUUGGUGCUACUAAUGUUGGAUCCAUAGGUGUAUUUUUUGAUGAUGCUUUACACACAAACAGAAAGAAAUGUAAAAAAGGGUCUUGUGAAGAAAGACAUUUUGAACCUCCAGUAACAUUAAUAGAGAAAGGUGAACCCUUUGGAGAGUUCAAUUUAGGUUCAACCAUAGUUGUCAUAUUUGAAGCCCCCAAAGGCAUAAACUUCAAUGUUACCAAUGGUCAAAAAAUCAAGUAUGGAGAGCUGAUUGGUCUAUGUAAUUGUCAUAAUGCUUCAUCAUAAAAAAAAAAAUUGUUUUAUAUAUUUGGCAUAAAUGCGCUGGUCGUACUUUGCUAGUUAUGACAAUUCAUGGUCUUUCUACCAAAAAGUUUCCUAGAACUAGUGAAUAUCCUGAUAUUUUUUCAUCAUGAGCACAAAUCAAAGUUGUACGUUUCAUCUGAAAAUAUUUUUGUAUUGCUGCUCUGUGACUUCAACACGUUGAAAUAUUAAGUAGAAGUGCAUGAUGUGGCUCAUAUCUUUUGUUUAAGAGGUGUAUCCACAUCUUAUAUAUUUAUUGAAGGUUGUAUGAAAUUUUUUAUCCUUGUACUUUUAUGUACUUGAAAAAUGUGUGCCAUUGUAUAUGCCUUAGUCCAACUGUGAUAUGUAUGAUUUUGUGCAUGCUUAUAAGUUUGCUUUCUCCCCCCUCCUGCACAACUAGUCUUUCAUAUGACAUCAGAAAUGUGAAGUUGCAUGUUUUGUGCUGAGCUGUUGUAUAACCGUUAUCAUGUAUUUCUUGUGGGAACUAGAGUUCUGCUUACUUAAAAAGUUAUUUUAAGUUUGCGUCACUUUUCAUUUUCAUGGUCAUCAAGUAUUUAAUUGUCACAUUGACUGUUGUUCUCCUUUAGAGAAACAGUUGCACUUUUAUUUCACAUUGAUUAUAGAACAUCAAACUUCAUGAAUAGUUUAUAGGUGGACUAAAACCUACUACCCUGGUUCAUUUUGUUCAGUGUAAUGUUGAGUAAUCCAUACUGUUAAAGUUUUUUUUUUUUUUUUUAAAUCCUGCACCAACCUCUAAUAAGAAGAGUUAGCAAGAAAACCAUUGUCAAAAGCAGAAAUUUGCAAAAGACAGCCAACAAAUGUUUCUAGGUUUCAAGAAAUUCCUUUUUCGUGACAGAAUGGUGUGAGUCUAUGAACGUACAGUCUGACCACUGAUGUAAAGGCUAACAUCCGGUUUAUAGGCGGAAAUAGAUGCAUCUAUUAGUUUUCAGGAAUGCCAGCAUUUGCGUGUUAGCCUCUAAAUUAGGCGAAGUCACAUUGAAAUUAUCAAAGCACUCCUAUCAAAUUUUUACUUUUCCCCCUCAUUUAGAUAGAUUUAUGCCAACUAGACAUUAGCUAAUUCUGUAUCGGAUGUGGACGGACAGUAAAUUUGUUCGCCAAAAGCUUUAGUUGCAGUACUUUAGAGCCAUUGAAGGCUGUCCAUAAAUGACAUCAAACCUUUUUUCAACAUUUUUGACUCCAUCCGCCCUUUGUUACAUGCCAUGCUGUUUUUCAAAACAUAUUCUUACAAAAAAAAAAUGUGUGAAAUAUGACAUCUCACAUUUCUUUUUGUAAUGUGUGAAGUCACACUUCUUCUUAACCCCCUUCCUCUCUCUUGUAACAAACUCACAAUUUCACAAAGUCCCCUUCCCUUUCUUAAAGUGUAACAUCAUUUGUAGACUGCACCUAAGCCCACAUCCCCUUCUACGUGGUUCGUUCCUUGAAACCUCGAAAUAUAUGACUGCAUUUUUUUUUCUUCUGAAAUCUGAUUUUGAUGUUUUCAUAUAGGUAUUUAUUUAUCCCUUAAAACAUAUAUUUGUCAUUUAAAGAAAUGUUCAAAGUAUAUUGAUAUAUUUUUCAGUGAGCUAAACCUCUGUCCAACUUUUUCAAGAUAAUUUCAAGGUACAUGUUGCUUGAAAAUAAGUCAUGAAAAUGAAUGUGCCUUCAUUUUAUGUCAUAAUCAUCUUUAUUUCUCACUUGGUGCUUUUAUGCAAUAAUUUAAGUUCCUAAUAAUGUUAAUUGUUUCUAUGAAGUUAAUGUCUUCUCUUGACUUUAAAAACUAAACUCAAAUUGAAAUAUUUGGAUAAAUUUGCAAUUCCAUGACACAUACUAUUUUGAUUUUUAUUGACUAAUUGAUAGGUUUCUCUUGUUUCAAAUUGCUGGUACCGUAGAUAAUUAUUAGACAUUAAUUUGUACCUAAAAUCCGACUAUUUAAAAGUUCAGUUACAAACUGUGGAGAAGAAUAUUGAAUGCUGUGAAAAUCUUGAUAUCAUUCUAAAUUUUUCACAAUUUGAUUUGUCCAAAUUUUAGAUAUCUUCAUAGUGGGUGAUAUAAUAAAAAUUCUAUGGUCUUUCUUCAUAAUUUAAGCAUUUUUAAAGUAAAGGAGAGCUAUUAAAUGCUUAAGUGCAUUUCAUAUGCAAAAAAUUUUAUCUUAUCAACUGAAUUGAAGAGAUCUUACUUUGAAAAGAUGAAAUCAUGCUUGAAAUUGAAAUUAUUAUCUUUUAUUUUGUUACUAAACCUUUAGGCAUGUCUUUAAAUGCAACUCAGGAAAAUUCCCUAUCUUAUACAGAAUUUUCCAUAUGUUUAAUGUUUUAUAAGCAAUUAUAAAAUAAAUAGUUUUAAUCUUUGUUAAAAACAUUCUCCAAUUGAGUGAGCUCUUCUUCAAAUACAAUAAUUACAUUUGUUAAUGUACAAAAGUUCAUAACUACUCAGUUUCAAAAUUUAACAUGAAAUGCAAGAUAUGUGUAUGCUCUUGUGACAUUCUCAAUUAUUUUGAGAAAAUCAUUACAUGGUCAUAUUCACUUUUCAUUAUCACUUCACUAUACCAAAUGAGUUGAAUACUUUCAUUAUGUUAGUAUUUGUUACAUAAUGUAAAUAUUUUCUUUUGUAAUUUAUUUCUUUUCCAUUAAAUUCCUAAGAAAGAUACUUCCCGUGACCAAGGGGAAUAUGUAUUCACAACGUGAAAGUUUUGCUUAGCAAUUCUUUUCUGAAUGUAUUUUUACAAGUUUUAAUAAAUGU